GAAUUUACUUCUAUAGUUCGUCCGAAUACAAUCAAAGUUCGAUGAUUCUUCCGUAUAAUGUUUGGCGAAGCCAAUACAAUAGGUGAUAGCACAUGCCUAAAGCUCCGCUACGUAAGUCCGUGCACCCAUGGUUUGGAAAGUCGCGACUUGAGCUUGUAGAAAUCCUUAGACACAGCACCACCCACCUAGUCACACAAAUUCCGUACGGCACCACGCGACUAACCGAAUAAUUGAACAGUCGCCUCGCUUUGAACAAUCGAACAACAUAUUUACGCGAUCAGGGAAAGUGUAGUUGAUCGCAUCACCCAUCAUGAGCGGAAAAGCAGGCGCAUAUGGAACGUCUGGCGGCGGCGACACAGACUUCAGGAAAACAUGGGAUCGCGACGAGAUGGCGCAGCGGGCGAAGGAUAGGGAGGCAAAAGACCGUGAAGAGGGCAAAGAGCGAUAUGAGGCAAAGCUGGCGGGCAAGACAUACAGGCGGAGAGCGUCCACGCCCGAUGAUCUGAAGCAGACCGAGGCCAGAUCAGAGCGCAUAGACUGGAGCAAGAUGAUCGGAAAGCAAACCCUCACAUCAGCAGCAGCCGCUGUUGGCAAGAGGGGACGCGGUGCGGGCGCAUACUGUCAAGCCUGCGACCUUACAUUCAAGGACAACAUCCAGUAUGUCGAGCAUCUGAACAGCAAGCAGCAUUUGGUCGCGACGGGCCAGUCGGGCGAAGUCCACCGCGCGACAGUCCACGAAGUACGGGAACGCCUACGAUAUCUCAAGCGCAAACGGGACGAGGACAAGUUUAUGGAGGUGACGGAUCUAGAUGCGAGAUUGGCCAUGACCAAGGAGCAACUGGAGAAGGACGCCGAGGAGAAGAGGCGGCUGCGCAAUGAGAAGCGCAGGGCGAAGAAGAAGACGGACGCGACCGCUAUGGAGUGGAAGGUCGAAGGCGACGGUAUUAUCCGCUGAAUACCAUGGGCUC